UGUGCGGAUGCUGGUCGGCCCUUGGACCUCAUCUCUGCUUCUGAUACUGGGACCAGUGUCUGUCUGUCUGCAGCGACCACAUACCUGCUAGAUGCAAUAAGGGUCAAGGAUUACAAUAGACGGACACUACAGCCCCAUUAGGCGGGUGUUUGUAACUUAAACACCUGGGUGGGUUUACGACACUGUCACAACGUCCGUAAAGGAAAACAGUCGCUUGCUAUCAGCUAGCUUUAAAUGUGUUGACGUUACUCUCAUGCAACAGCUAACUAGCUAGCAGAUGAAGCAAGUCAGCUAACGUGAAGCGCUGCUACUGAUGGUUUUUGAUAUAUUUUGUUUUCCGUUAUGUUGAAGCUAGUUCAGCGUAGAGUCAUUACAAAUUCACAUAUUUCACUUUAGUGCAGUGGCCAUAAUGCUAAUUGUCGUGCUUACCAGUAACGUCUCCGUUACGCCUCAUCCGUUCACAACAACUGGCUAGCUAACGUGACUAUAAUCUAGCUAAGAAGGUAGCCAACGUUAGCGUCACUGUUUUUAGUCAUUUACAGUGUUGCUCAUUACAGUAUUUUGAAUCGGAGACUGGUCAUUUAAGCAGAGUCUGAGGCCAAGCUUAAAAUGUUGAGCCCAAUACUUUAUGGUCACAUUUACCUUUGUUAACUGUCUCACCUAGUAUCUGUCAGUCCACUAACAGGGUAGUUAGUCCACAUAGCAUCUGCAAGAUAAUACCUGUUUUGCUUUUUAAUCAUUUAUCCAAACGUUUGCACCAAAAGUCAAAUUUGAUCCUAAUCACAUUACUUUAAUAGUAAAUUAUCAGUUGUAACCUGGAGAAAACUGUCACUUAAGCUCACCUCAUAGUUUAUCCAUCAGUGAACAUGGCUCCUAAAAAGAGACCAGUGCCCUUAACCAUUGCUCCUGCUGCUGACGGGUUAUCCACCUCCACCAACACCGAUGUUUCGUCUGAGGCCAAUUUAGAGGCACUUAAAAGAAUAUUGGAAGAGUUGGACCUGGACGAACAACAGAAGAAAAGGUUAGAAGCUUUCCUUACCCAAAAGGCCAAGGUGGGUGAGCUGAGAGCCGACGACUUCCAUCGUGUCUGUGAGCUGGGUGCAGGCAACGGAGGAGUUGUCAAUAAGGAACGCCACAAAUCUUCAGGAAUAAUCAUGGCCAGAAAGCUUAUUCAUCUUGAAAUUAAACCUGCAAUCAGAAACCAGAUUAUCCGAGAGCUUCAGGUGCUGCAUGAGUGUAACUCUCCCUACAUUGUGGGCUUCUAUGGAUCAUUUUACAACGAUGGAGAGAUCAGCAUCUGCAUGGAGCACAUGGAUGGUGGCUCUCUGGACCAGGUGCUGAAAGAAGCAAAGAGGAUCCCUGAAGAGAUUCUGGGCAAAGUCACCAUCGCUGUUUUGAGAGGCCUGGUGUACCUGAGAGAAAAACAUCAAAUCAUGCACAGAGAUGUGAAGCCUUCAAACAUACUAGUGAACUCGCGGGGGGAGAUCAAGUUGUGUGACUUCGGUGUGAGCGGGCAGCUCAUAGACUCUAUGGCCAAUUCCUUUGUCGGCACAAGAUCCUAUAUGUCGCCUGAGAGACUGCAGGGAACCCACUAUUCUGUGCAGUCAGAUGUGUGGAGUAUGGGGCUGUCCCUUGUGGAGCUGUCAAUCGGACGCUUCCCCAUCCCUCCUCCAGAUGCUAAGGAACUGGAGGCCAUAUUUGGACAUCCCAUCUUGGGUGGUAGUGAAGGAGAGACGCUCAGCACUUCACCCAGACCUAGACCAUCGGGUAGACCUGGUGGCGGUCAUGGUCCUGCCAUGGCCAUCUUUGAACUACUAGACUACAUAGUAAAUGAGCCUCCCCCCAAACUACCACAUGGCGUCUUCACCUCUGAUUUCCAGGACUUUGUGACAAAGUGUCUCAUCAAAAACCCAGCAGACAGGGCUGACUUGAAAAUGUUGACGAACCAUAUGUUUAUCAAGCGGUCUGAGGUGGAGGAGGUAGACUUUGCUGGCUGGCUUUGUAAGACCAUGGGGCUGAACCAACCCAGCAGUCCAACGCGCAAUGCAGACUGAACACACACACUCAUGCACACAGUAUGUACAUGUAAAAACAUGGAGACACCCACAUACACGCCCUGUUUGCCACGUCCUCUCUCAGGUGAACCUCUGAAGUUUCCAUCUGUCUAAUGAACUCUACUGUAAGCCAGGACAAGUAAGCCAGGAGAGACACUGUAUCUACAGCACGAGUGUGUAAAGCCCAGUUAUUACAAUCAUGGUUAUGCAUCCAUACAUGUGUACAGGCAGAUAUAUAUAUCUGAAUUUGUUUUCAUAUGUGUUAUGCAAACACAUUUAGAAAAGUAAAAAACGUUUAUUUUAUGGAUACAUGUCAGGUGUGUCUGUGUUAGCAAGAGAUGAUCGAGUCUAGGAUGUUCUUUGCAUUUGAUGAUGUGACAGAUUUCUACAAAUUUUGAGAUGUCUAAAGGUGAAACACAAUGUUUAAUAUAUUUUAGCAUGACCCUCGUGUCAAAGCCAAAAACAAAAAAGAAGUUGCAACAAUAAAUGCACCCUCUGCUUCCUCUGUAGGUCAGGGUUGUUAACUUAAAGCGGCAUCAUCAGCUUGUUGUGUUACCAUUAGCUUCAGAUUAGCUACACAAGGGGCAGAGGUUGCCUUUGAAAAUACUGGAGAUUCAUCCCUGGACAGUACCCGCUGUAACAACACUGCUUUAAUCAUGUGAGCAAGCGGCAUCACGACUCUCUGAGCAGCCUCAGAGGAAGCUAAUUAUUAUUGCAUUGUAUUUGCAGUAAUGUAAACAGGACAUGGAUUUGCCAUUGAAGUGCAUCCUGUGUUGUGGCAGAAUCAGGGCAUUUUUCUCCUUUGUCUACUUCCUCAUUUAAGUAACAAUAUAGAUGUUUUUUAUGGUAAUGUCAUUGAAAGCUUUGUCCUUAUGAAGUCUGAAUUGUCAAUAAAUGGCAAGUGUUGUAA